GUUUGCUAUGUAUCACGUAGGAUCGUGGUUUGUGUUUGUAUCGUUGAACUCUAUACUUGUUGGAUUGUUGGAUAUAUUCUUUCAGCUGGGUUAACAGAAUAAUCGCGGAAACAUCAUGUCGAAAAGGCACUAUUCGCAAUUAACCCGUAAGAAAACAAACACAUCCAUUGGAUCUAAUGAUUACACUCAUUCUCAACCAAGCACGUCAAACUGUAAUGGCAUACCAUCAAAAUCUCUCUCUCAGCAUUCAGUAGUCUCUGAAGAACAGAGUCAACUCACUAAUAAGUUAUUAAGAUACCUUCUCAUGUUAAGUAACGGGAAACAAGUUGUUACUAAAGCACGUAUAGUAAAGAAUGUUUUAGACAAUCAAGGAAGAUAUUUUCAUCCAGUGAUGGUCAAAGUAAAAAAUAUUUUAUCACAGAUAUUUGGAAUUCAAUUGGUAGAACUUGAAGGUAACAAGUAUAUACUAGUAAAUGAAAUUGAAAAUAGGCUGCCACACAUAGAGUCUUCUGCAUCAGAAAAGAGCCAACAAGUAUUGCUGUUUUUAGUUUUGACUCACAUAUUUAUGCACGAACAAUUGUGCACAGAAGGAUCAUUAUCGAAUUUUCUUGGAAACUUGGGUAUUGAUUUAGAUAGGAAUUAUCAUCCAUAUUUUGGUGAUGUCAAGCAUUUAGUAUCAGAGGUUUUUGUUGCUCAAAAAUAUCUUGAUAAGAUCACCCUAGAGAAGGAUAGUGGAACGAAGAUAGAGUACAAAUGGGGACCACGAGCCGAGACGUUUUCUCGUCGUGCAGCUUUUGAAUUCGUGUCCAAAGUAUACAACGGACGUCCACUAAAGAGCUGGGCAUUACAGUAUAACAUUUUAACUGCCCAUGAAUCUUCGAAUCAAACAGAAAGAGAUGAUUAAAACAAUAACGAAGGAUGUAUUCUAGAUUAUUAAUUUUAGGCAAUAUUUUUUGUUACUAAUGUUUUAUGUACAUAUAUUUUCAAUACAAAGAUUUCA